AUGGCGGACGCUGCGACGGUGCUUGUUGUGGGCGAGGAAGAUGGUGAGCUGGUGUUGGACGAUGCACUGCGGCAGCUGCAGCACCUGUUGUUCACGCAGGGCGUGGGCAGGACGGAGCCGUUCUCCUUCACGGAAGUGGCGUCGCGGUGCCGUGGGCGGCUUGAUAUUCGCGUGAACACGGAGGAUGGGCCCUUCGCCACCCUCGCACGUCUUCCCGUGCUCAACACGCUACCACAGGCUGUUCUUGGCUCGGACAUGAAGCUCAACUACACCGGCGUUGUCGUCAGCUUGCCAGGAAGUGAGGAUCAGAACUGGCACGUGGAUGGAGACCACUUGUUUCCGCAUGUCCACUUACCACCGCAUGCCGUGACUGUGUUUAUUCCGCUGGAGAAUGUCGACAAAGACAUGGGGCUGCCUCAGCGCGAUCCAGUGCAACACAUCAUCCAGGCCCCAACCACGCGUGACUACGCGUAG